GGCUGCAGGCGCCGGGCCUGGGCCAGCAAGGCAGCUGUGACCCGAGCGGUUUGCGGGCAGCGAGCUGGGGGUGCGCCCGGCCCCCCGGGCCCGGGACCAUGGGGAAUGGCAUGACCAAGGUACUUCCCGGACUCUACCUCGGAAACUUCAUUGAUGCCAAAGACCCAGACCAGCUGGGCAGGAAUAAGAUCACUCACAUCAUCUCCAUCCAUGAGUCCCCCCAACCUUUGCUACAGGACAUCACCUAUCUUCGUAUCCCAGUGGCGGACACUCCAGAGGUACCCAUCAAAAAGCACUUCAAAGAAUGUAUUAAUUUCAUCCACUGUUGCCGCCUCAACGGGGGAAACUGCCUGGUGCACUGCUUUGCAGGCAUCUCCCGCAGCACCACCAUCGUGACAGCCUAUGUGAUGACGGUGACCGGGCUGGGCUGGCGGGAAGUACUUGAAGCCAUCAAGGCCACCAGGCCCAUCGCUAACCCCAACCCAGGCUUUAGGCAGCAGCUUGAAGAGUUUGGCUGGGGAAACUCCCGCAAGCUUCGCCGGCAGCUGGAGGAGCGCUUCGGGGAGAGCCCGUUCCGCGACGAGGAGGACCUGCGCGCGCUGCUGCCGCUGUGCAAGCGCUGCCGCCAGGGCUCGGCCACCUCGGCGACCUCGGCGGCGUCGUCGUCGUCGCAGCCGCCGCGCGUGGCCGCCUCGGAGGGGACCCUGCAGCGCCUGGUGCCGCGCGCGUCCCGGGACGCCCACCGGCCGCUGCCGCUGCUGGCGCGGGUCAAGCAGACUUUCUCCUGCCUCCCGCGCUGCCUGUCCCGCAAGGGCGGCAAGUGAGCGCCGCGCCCCCGCCGUGCCUCUGCGCU